CAUUGAGCCACAGAGUCCCCCAAGACCAUGCUGGUAUCGCUGACCUUUGCCUGUCGCUGUUCCCAUUGUCACCUUGUCCUUCCCACCGUCCCCAGGCCCUUCAGGAAGAGCUGCAGUGGGUGAUACCAAGUGAGACCACUGGAGGACCAGAGGAUGGGAUUCCCCCUCCUGUCACUGUGGCAACCCCUGGUGGAGGCAGCGCUCGGAGUUUCCUUCGCCUCCCGGAACGACACACGGACCUCUCCGCUGCGGGUCACACGCCGUCCGUCGGCAGCCGCCGCCUCGCCCCGCCAGCCAUGGGCUCCGAGCGGGACUCCGAGUCGCCGCGCUCCUCCUCCAUCCACUCGGCCGCCGCCAAGUGCCCGAAGCCCGGCCGCCGCCGCCGCCUCUCGUUCCAGAGCGUCUUCUCCGCCGCCGCCGCCUCCGCCGCGGGCGGCCGCCGCCGGGCCAAGGCCGAGCCGCCUCCCGCCGCCCCGCCGCUGCCUCCCGCCGCCCCGCCGGCUCCCUCGGACCAGCCGCCGCCGCCGCCGCCGCCGCCCUACCCGCCGCCUCCCCCGCCGCCCGCCGAGGAAGCGCCGGUGGCCCCGGAGAGCGGCGGGGAAGAGGAGCUGGAAUGCCCGCUGUGCCUGGUGCGGCAGCCGGCGGAGAACGCCCCGCGGCUGCUGUCGUGCCCGCACCGGUCGUGCGGGGCCUGCCUGCGGCAGUACCUCCGCAUCGAGAUCACCGAGUCCCGCGUCAACAUCUGCUGCCCCGAGUGCAGCGAGCGCCUCAACCCCGCCGACAUCCGCCGCCUCCUCCGCGACUCCCCGCACCUCGUCGCCAAGUACGAGGAGUUCAUGCUGCGCCGCUGCCUCGCCGCCGACCCCGACUGCCGCUGGUGCCCGGCCCCCGACUGCGGCUACGCGGUCAUCGCCUACGGCUGCGCCAGCUGCCCCAAGCUGACCUGCGAGAGAGACGGCUGCCAGACGGAGUUCUGCUACCACUGCAAACAGAUCUGGCAUCCCAACCAGACGUGCGACAUGGCCCGGCAGCAGCGGGCGCAGGCGCUGCGCGUGCGCACCAAGCACACCUCGGGCCUCAGCUACGGCCAGGAGUCCGGCCCGGCUGAUGACAUCAAGCCGUGCCCGCGCUGCAGCGCCUACAUCAUCAAGAUGAACGACGGGAGCUGUAACCACAUGACGUGUGCGGUCUGUGGCUGCGAGUUCUGCUGGCUCUGCAUGAAGGAGAUCUCAGACCUGCAUUACCUCAGCCCCUCUGGCUGUACAUUCUGGGGCAAAAAGCCAUGGAGUCGUAAAAAGAAGAUUCUCUGGCAGCUGGGCACGUUGAUUGGUGCUCCUGUGGGCAUCUCCCUCAUCGCUGGCAUCGCCAUUCCUGCCAUGGUCAUUGGCAUCCCUGUGUAUGUUGGGAGGAAGAUCCACAGCAGAUAUGAGGGAAAGAAAACCUCUAAGCACAAGAGAAACUUGGCCAUUACUGGUGGGGUCACCUUGUCUGUCAUUGCCUCCCCCGUCAUCGCUGCUGUCAGUGUUGGCAUUGGAGUCCCCAUCAUGCUGGCCUACGUGUACGGGGUCGUGCCCAUCUCGCUGUGCCGGGGCGGCGGCUGCGGCGUGAGCACCGCCAACGGGAAGGGGGUGAAGAUCGAGUUUGAUGAGGAUGACGGACCCAUCACAGUGGCUGAUGCCUGGCGAGCCCUGAAGAACCCCAGCAUUGGUGAAAGCAGCAUCGAGGGACUGACCAGCGUGCUGAGCACCAGUGGCAGCCCCACCGACGGGCUCAGCGUGAUGCAGGGCAACUACAGCGAGACGGCCAGCUUCGCUGCUCUGGCGGGCGGCACGCUGAGCGGGGGCGUGCUCUCGGGGGGCAAGGGCAAGUACAGCAGGCUGGAAGUUCAGGCAGAUGUCCAGAAGGAGAUUUUCCCCAAAGACUCGGUCAGCUUGGGAGCCAUCAGCGACAACGCCAGCACUCGAGCCAUGGCUGGUUCCAUCAUCAGCUCCUACAACCCCCAGGACAGGGAGUGCAAUAACAUGGAGAUCCAGGUGGACAUAGAAGCCAAACCAAGUCACUACCAGCUGGCCAGUGGCAGCAGCACAGAGGACUCUCUGCACGCCCACACCCAAAUGGCAGAGAAUGAGGAAGAGGAGGAGGACGAGGAGGAUGGUGAGCAGGAGCAGAUGUGCAAACACCAAAGCUGUGAGCAAAAGGACUGCAUUGCCAGCAAAACCUGGGACAUCACCCUGGCCCAGCCCGAGAGCAUACGGAGCGACCUGGAGAGCUCCGACAGCCAGUCGGACGACGUGCCAGACCUGACCUCGGACGAGUGCGAGUCCCCCCACUCUCAGACUGCAGCAGCCUGCCCCCAGACCCCCAAAACGAGAGGUACCGACAGCCCAAGUGCCCCCCUGAGCCACUGUGCCCAAGCUGAGGGCUGCAGGCUGGAUGAAAUGGUCAACCUGGAGUGCAUCGAAGCCAGAGUAUGAGGUGGCCUCCUGCUGAAGAGCACACUCGUGGCGUGGCGUGGUUUUGGGGGCAGGGUUGUGUCCGUGGUGGCUUCUGUUUGCCGUCCCCCAGCUGCCCCCCAGCCUCACCUCGGGCAGCUGCUGCUUCUUACGUGACAAGAAAAAGAGGAAACAAACUCCUCCCCAAGCCCCCUGCCCUCUUUUUGGUUUAAUUUAUUGGUUCAAGCUCUGUGAGGUGUGUAAGGGUGUAAAUAUGUCUGUGUGUCUGUAUGUCUGCAACCAUCCUAAGGGACCAUUUGAAUAAAGACUCUGGUUGUCGUUGGA